AAGAGCGGCGUCGCCAUCAUUCCUAUCCUGUCAGCUACGACAAUUCUUAACCGUUUGCUGAAACGUGGUGAAAAUGUUUCAAGUCAUUCAAUGUGCGAGAACUGUCCAAACCGCAGUAAUAAUCGGCGUGAUGUAAUGUACUUCCAGUGAUAAGCGUGGUGAUGGUGGCCCUCAGCUGCGGCGAGGCGGAGGACCAAGCAGCGCUUCUCAGGGUGACGCCGCUUGCCGCCACUCUCUUCAAGUAUGAAGCAGAACCUCUGAGUUUCCCAACUAGGAUGGUGAACAACCUUCAGCACCACAGGGAGAAAAGACAAACCACAUCUGACUACACUCUUGAGGCCGACACCAGUGAAGCAAUAAACUUUAUAUCCUCUGAAGAACUUCAAGGAGACAACCUCCACUCGACAGAUUUAACACAGCUAACAGAGAAUAGCAACAACAUCCGCAAUAAUGGCUUCAGUGGUUCACAACUCCAUAAGGGGGACAUUGCACCAAUACCGUAUGAUAAUCUGGGUUGGUUCUCCAAGACUGUGGAGCUGGCUAUGGACGGGUCACUCUAUGUUGGCCUUGCACUAGGGAUCAUGUUCAUUGCCGGCACGCUGCUGUCUGGAGCUAUUGGGCUGUUUGGAGACACCUGUCUCAUCUGCUCUUUUAUAGGUUAUGCUAACACUGUGGCCCCAUAA